CUUUAAUUAACUCACUAUUCCUCACUUAAAACCCCCAAUCCCCAAACCUGGGACGGGAUGGAUUCAACUAUUAAUAAUAACAAUAACAACGAUGACACUCAAGUUACGCAAUCAACACCAUCAGAAUGUUCUAAUUGCACAUUACCUGCCACAUUUAUGUGCUCGUCCUGCGGGUUGAGUGGACCUCGAUAUUGCUCCGAUGAGUGUCAGAAGAGUCACUGGAAACAUCGCCACUAUAAGACUUGCGAGGCUACAAAAGAAGCCAGAAGAUCCCGAGCAGUCCGGGAUUCCCAAACAGGAUUUAGAUCAUCAACAAACACAAACACAACCACAGCAACAUCAGCAGCAGCAAUCGUAUCUGGCCGAGGAUCAGAUCGUCAAAGACAUGGAAGAUCAUCUAGUUUUACAACAACUGAUAUUCCUCUUCAGAACUUAAACGAUACCGAAACAAGACCGAAUAGAAUUAAUACCGAUGAUGACGAUGAUGAAGAUCGUUAUGGUGAUGACCUCAAGUUUUACAUGCACCAGAUCUAUCUUAUCAUUAAACCUGUGGUUGUCUGUAUUGUAUUGAGUAUAUUUUGGGUAAAGGUGUCCUUUAGUGGCCAAAGUGAUUACAGUCCCACAAGACCAACCUAUGCUGUCCUGGCCCCGAAUACAGGCAGUGGUAGCAGUACAACAAGUGGCAGUAGCUCAAGUUCCACUGGUGGAACAGCCGCACUCAAUUCACUUGCCAAUGCUGCCAUUAUUAUUGGACAGAUUAUUGUGGUGACCAUCAUUAUUGUCUUUAUCUUUAAGAAAGGAUGGAUCAAGAUAUUGAUCGGCUUCUUUAUGAUUGUGGUAGUUGGUUUGCUAGGCUUCAUGAGCUAUUUAUUAUUACUGCAAAAAGGAAGAUCAAAAGGAAGAAUGAAUGAAGGAAUGAUCAAAAGUCAAAUGUUACUAACAAAUUACCUAAUUUUGAUAAAACAAUCGAUUAGUAAUCUCAUCCAAGUAUUUUCUAUACCUUUGGACUAUAUCACCUUGGCCAUUGCAUUGUGGAAUUUUGCAAUGGUUGGGCUUCUUUCUAUUUUUUGGAAAGGGCCCCUAUGGCUACAGCAGUCUUAUCUUACGAUCAUGAGUUCUUUAAUGGCAUUUUCAUUAACCGGAUUAGAGCAGUGGACUACCUGGAUCUUGUUGGGUUUAUUGGCAGUGUGGGAUCUUGUUGCUGUUCUCUGUCCGUUUGGGCCAUUACGACUAUUAAUCGAAAGCUCAAAGACCCAACAAAGAGAGGUUCCUGCUCUUUUGUAUUCGGUAAAUGCAGUGUGGUUUAUGGUAGCCCCAAACGACCACUUCCGGCUGUCUACCAGUAUAGCCAAUACAAUCACAGACACAAUAACAACCACAGGAACCACAGGAACCACAAUACCGUAUUCCUCUUCUUCCUCUACUACGGUCAUCACUAGUCCCGAACCCACUCUCUCGCCAUUUUCAUCAUUCUCACCUGACUUUCGUCGCUCACGAAACCUCACCCACUCUUCGUUUGCAAACACAUUCCACAGCCAUACCAAUUCUUCUGAAUACGAAGCCUCUACCUCCUCAAUUGCUCCCUUGAAUCAGAACUCUUCUCCGAUUUCGCGCGAUCUUCCGUCGACCCAAUCGCUCACAAGCACUCUAAAUAAUAAUACCAAGGCUGAACAAGGCUCUACCUUUGAGUUAGGCACAUCAAACCGAAGACUUGAUGAUCAUAAUGAACAGCGAGACGAAAUAGAUGAAGAAGAUGCUGAACGAAGUGGCCUAAAGCUGGGCUUGGGCGAUUUUGUAUUUUACAGCGUAUUGGUGGCUCGGGCAGCCAUGUAUGACUGGAUCACUACGGUGUGCUGCACGGUUGCUGUUCUGACUGGACUUACGACUACGAUUUUCUUGCUGGCGAUUUACAAAAAAGCGCUUCCGGCACUUCCGAUCUCGAUUGCGUUUGGAAUUUUGUUUUAUUUUGUGGCCAAGACGGUACUAGUACCAUAUAUUGGUGCUUUGUGUGUAUUUGGAAUGGUUGGGCUCUGAUUUAUAUAUAAAAAGAGAAAGAAAAAUAAAAAAAGACAGU